AUGUUUCGGGGUUUCCUAGCCCUGGACGAUGAUGUCACAUGCUCGAGGAAUGACGCUACAGUAACACUUAUUUUCAAAUUCAAGUUCGUGAAAGUUGUGCGGAGAAGGAAUGCCGAGCGUGGGCGCUUGUAUGAUCAACGAAUUGAGCUUAUCAGAGAGUUUGCGAGCGACAGCUCCAUCAACGACGCGCAGCGGACAAGAUCAGUGCUCUACGCUAUGAGAGAGGCAGAGGAUGAAUGGUUCAUGAGUAUGUACACUGACACAGAAACUGCGUACAAAUACGGUGAUGAACAUCGAUUGAUUCAAAGUCAUUUUGGAGGUGACAAUGUUAAUUAUGCCGCUCUAUUUGAGGACUUCGUGGACAGUGAGCAAGAAGAAUACGACUCCUACGUGGCGGCAGGGCUCGAGCAUUCUGUGUAUGAGCAAAUGGUUGCCGCAACUCCAAAGACUGCAAGCGCAAGCAGGAGAAGCCUUGGGUCGGUUCCCGACUAUCAGAUAUCUACACCACCACUAUAUAGAUCUCGACGAGAUGAAGGCUCGGGGGAGGGCUCCGGACCUCUAGAUGUAGGAAAUGGGACAGAAACACCUGAGGGGGGAAAUGCUAUACUUGUACCGGUGGUUGGGAGUGUUGCAAUCACAUCGUUCUCGAAAGGCCUUACGAAAUACAGCACCUCGACCCUCAAAUUCAAAACGGUGCUAGAGCCUCCUUAUGCUAUAGAUCAGACUUUAGAUUGGACAGCAGAGGUAAGCGAUCACUGGGAUGAGGGUAGUACAGGACAGCAACCGCUCCCUGCCGCUGCCGUGAUAUCACCAGCCACUUGCUCUGGGAAUAUAACUUGCGUCCAAACCUGGACUGUGGAUAUCGAUCAUGCCAUGGCAUGCCAGCUUCAGGGCGGGUACAAGUUUAUGGAUGUCUAUACCCGGUGUCAAGAUAAUCUACCUAGCAAUACAGAAUGCGAAGCUGUCAACUACUUCACAUUCCAGAUUAAUAUCACUGAUAUCAACGUGUGCGAGAAAACGGAGACAUUCGUUGACGACGUGUACUCGAUGGCAAUAACUGCGGACCGCAACAGCAUCAUUUAUGAUGAUGAAAUGGACUACACACUUACCCUUACUGAAUUGGCGAGUCUUGGCCAGUACAUGGAUGCAAUAACAAUACAAUCGAUAACUAGCACGGCAGAUAGCUGUGCGCCAGACGUGGAUAUAAUGCCCCAAACAUCUAUCGUACAUAAUCCUGGGGCCCUCACGGCCACGAUAACCAUAGACUUCACAAGCAACGUUGCAUGUGCAGACCCGGGUCUUGGUUUGACGUCGAUGGUGACUCUAGAUUUUGUUAUCGACGUCGACUACAGUUUCAACUCAGCGCGUAGGAGGCGCCAAAUUAACGGACGCAAUGCAGCGGCAACUGGACACCUACAGAUUAACAUAUUGAUAAAUGGCAGAAGUAGUUGGGGUAGCGAGUUAGAGAACGAAAUAGAGCUACCUGCGGAGGAAGAUGAAAGUGGCACUCCUACAACAUAUAGCCCACAUCAGCCUAUCACUCUCGCACUUAUGGUAUGCGCUACAGCAGUUCUGCUUGCGAGAUGA